GGGAGAAGGAACUGGUAAAGAGCCUUUUUUCAUGAGACUGGCCACAUCACGCGCAUUUUGCCAACCAAGUCACCGCGAGACAGAGAUAAAGGAGCUCCUCUAAUUUAAUCAAAAGCCAGUGUAAUUUAGUAAGAGAUGCCGCUAAGGACCGGACUUUUGCUUCUCGCCGUUCUCAUCGCCUCCGCGUAUGAACUGGAUCACAACGAAUCCUAUUCGCCCAGGAGAGCACGCUUCUCCGCCAACAGCCCCUCUGAUGUGGCACGUUGCUUGAACAGCGCCCUCCAGGUGGGUUGUGGUGCCUUCGCUUGUCUUGAAAACUCAACGUGUGACACAGAUGGCAUGCACGACAUCUGCAAGUCCUUCCUUUAUAGCGCUGCUAAAUUCGACACUCAGGGCAAGGCUUUUGUGAAGGAUAGCUUGAAGUGCAUCGCCAAUGGCAUCACCUCCAAGAUCUUUCUAACAGUCAGACGGUGUUCCACCUUCCAAAGGAUGAUUUCUGAAGUUCAAGAGGAGUGUUACAGCAAGUUGGACAUUUGCACAGUGGCCAAAUCAAACCCAGAAGCCAUUGCAGAGGUGGCUAAAUUACCAAACCACUUUCCAAACAGGUUUUAUGGGAAACUACUGCAGAGUUUGAUGGAGUGCGACGAGGAAACAGUGGACCUGGUGAGGGCAAAUCUGUUGACCCGAUUAGGGCCUGAGAUCGCCACGCUCUUCCAACUACUGCAGAACAAGCCGUGUCCGUCUGCCGCAGUACCUACUGGAGUGGAGACUCGUGGUGGGUGGCGAUGGUCUGUAAGUCCCCACGGAUUCAAGAACCAGCCAAAUCUACGCAACAGAGAUGCCUCGAAUCUUUUUGGCAAGAAACGCAACAUCGGCGACAGCUCGUAACUUCAGACCGAUUCGCUGGUCCAAACCUAGCCAUCAAGCUAACACACACAAGCGCAAAGUGAAAACACACAAAAAAAGAAAGCAAGACAAAAAAGUGGUUUAUUUUUCAAGGCUAUACAGGGACACAUUCCUUCUCAACUGGAAAAAGGCAUGUACCAGUCCAAAAAACAUCUGGAAUGUUUAAGUCUAUGUUUGUCACUUCAUAUUUGAUGAAAAGAGUUUGGUUAUCAGGAUUCAAGGGGAAAUCGGGCUGGUUUACAGAGUGUGCUUCAUGCGCAGGGAAAGCGAUGUUGGGAAUCAUCGAAACAUUCAGGUCAUUAUGUAGAGAGCUCUUAUUUUCAUGAAAAUAUCUAUAGAAAUAUAAAAAGGAAAACAAUAUCAUAUAAAUCAAUAGCCAUUUGUAUUUGAAAUAUAUCUUACAGAGAUUACAGCGAAGAAAAAUGUAUGUGUGUGUGUAUGUGUAUACUGAAUCUAGCGUUGAUGUGAAAUAGUCGGCAUGUGCUAUAUAGAAAUAAGAGUGUACUAUUUAUUUAUUAACAGAUAUUUUACUAUAUUAGCUGUUAAUCUCAGAUUGCCACUAGCCUUUUGUGAGAAUGGCGAGAGUUAUCUUCAAAUAUCUAUGUGCAGGAAUUCAUUGAAAUACCAAAAAACACUACAUAAAUACAGCCACAUCACAGUGGAUGACCAAUCAUUAUAUAUAACAAAAUAGUAAUCCAGUUGCACAUGAAGGGAUAUUCCUUUAAAAAAUGCAGAAGGACGUAAAUGUGGCUAGCGUUUUUUAUUUGAAUAUAUUUUCUUAACUCUCGGAUUCCAACGCUAUUUCAUGGCAAUUCCUAUUUAUUUUACGAGGUGGUGAAUUCAUAUUAUUCGUAUGACCGCAUUCGUACAUUUAUGAAUGAAUUGUCUUUUUCCGCUUUUACGUUUGGGGCGGGGUUAGGAGUGGGUUUUCGUUAUUGUUUUUUUUUUUUUUUUGAUAAUCGUAAGUUUUUGCAUGAAUUAGCCAACUUGUAAAAUAUGUACGAAUUCUCGUAAGAUCAGGGUGGAUUGUCCCACCGAAUUAAAAAAUAAUCUGUACUCAUUAUCUGUUAUGGUAGUGCAAUGCGAAAAUAAACCGGUAACACUUUACUUGAAGAGGUGUUCAUAA